AUGAGGUCGCUUCCGUUUGUUCUGGGCUGCCUGUCCGCCCUGCUGGCCCACAGCCCGUUCGCCCAAGCUGCGGACAACAGCUCCGACCCGCUCUCCUCCAAGCAGAUUCUCCAGGGCGCCUUCAAGCCCCCGCAGGUAUUCAAGAACGUUAACCUCGUGCGCAAUGUCAACCUCGAGAAGGCCUACCCGCGCGAAACCAUCAAUGUUGUCAUCGAGAACAUCGACGAGAAGCCCCAGGACGAAUACUACCUGCCCUUCGAGGCCGGCUUGAUUGCGGAAAUAGGCGGCUUGGAGGUCAAGGACAAGAAGGAUGCCGAAAAGCCUGCCUUCGACGUCGAGGUCGUCGAGUUCGAUGCCUACAGCCCGACCGAGUUCUACCGCAUUCGCCUUCCUCAGCCCCUCAAGCCUUCCGAGCAGCAAACCCUUAGCAUUUCCUACUCCGUUCUCGCCGCAUUGAAGCCGCGCCCCGCCGCCAUUGAGCAGCGCGACAAGCAAUACGUCGAGUACAGCUUCAGCGCCUAUGUGCCCUCGGCCUACACCACCCUGAAGCAGAAGACGAAGCUCAAGUUCCCCAACGCCGACAUCCCCGACUACACCGUCCUGCCCUCUCCGAACGCCGACAAUGCCGAGGAUCCCACGAAGCAGGGCUCCAGCUUCACCUACGGUCCCUACAACGAAAUUCCCGCUGGCGCCCAGGAGCCCGUCAGCGUCCGCUACGAAUUCACCAAGCCGCUGACCCAUGCUACCCGCCUGGAGCGCGACCUGGAAGUUAGUCACUGGGGUGGUAACCUGGCCGCUGAGGAGCGCUACUGGUUGACCAAUCGUGGUGCCUCGCUGAAGAACCACUUCUCGCGUGUUCAGUGGCAGAUGACCGUCUACGCCAGCCCGCCCACCUCGGCUCUCAGCGCCCUGAAGAUGCCUCUCCAGGCCGGCUCUGUCGAUGCUUAUUUCACCGAUGACAUCGGCAACGUGUCCACCAGCCGCUUCAGGGCCACUCCGCGCGAGUCUAACCUUGAGAUUAGGCCCCGCUACCCCGUUUUCGGUGGCUGGAACUACAGCUUCAGGGUCGGAUGGAACGGCGACCUGAAGUCUUACCUGAGGAAGCUGCAGACGGGUGACAGCUACAUCCUCAAGGUUCCUUUCCUCGAGGGCCCCAAGAACAGCGAGGGUAUUGAGUACGAGCGCGUUGACCUUCGCGUCAUCCUUCCUGAGGGCGCCAAGAACGUCAAGUUCGAGACCACUGUCCCCAUCAUUUCCAAUGAGACGACUCUGCACCGCACCUUCAUGGACACUGUCGGCCGCACCACGCUCCACCUCAGUGCCUUGAACCUCAACGACGAGUGGAGGGGCCGGGACCUUAUCGUCACUUACGAUUACGCCUUCAUUGAGGCUUUCCGUAAGCCCAUCACCAUCACUUUGGGCAUGUUCGCCGUCUUUGCUGCCGCUUGGGUGCUAGGAAGCAUCGAUACAAGCAUCGGAGCUAAGAAGAAGGUCAAGGCGUAA